GUCGGUUUUGGCCAGUUCAAAAUGAAUCUAUCCUGGAAUUAUUUAUUUAUUUUUGCCCUAUUCGACACAUCGAGAUCAACGGUCAUCAACAAAUGUACACGAGGUGCGCCACCUCUCCAGCUUGCAGUAAAGGGCUGUGAUAAAGGGCCUUGUGCAUUUGUUAAAGGGACGGAUGUACAAUUAGCAAUUAGCAUUUUAGCAAAUAAUAACAUAACUAAGUUAACAACACAAGUCAAAGCAUUUGCUAUGGGAACUGAAACAAUAUAUCCGUUACCACAAAGUAAUGCAUGUUUAAGCUUGACUAAUGGAGAAUGCCCGUUAGAUGAGGGUGAGGAAGUUACAUACGCUUUGACAAUGCCUAUUCUAACAUCAUAUCCCACAAUUCCUGUCAUAAUAGAAUUUUCGUUAAACUCGGAAAAUGGAGUGGUUUCUUGCUUCAGGCUUUCAGCUAAUGUUGUGGAUGAAUAAGUGAGGAGCCACCAAAAUUCAACUGACAUGAUCUUUUAUAAACUUUAACGAUGAUAUAUUUUAUUUGGAAGAUUGAAUGUUGAUAACUGUACAGGUGUUGAUUACACAAAGUUUGCAUGUAAAUUGUUAAAACUUGUGUUCAUUCUUAUUUAAAAUCAGUUAUUGGAAGUUUAAUGGCAGUGUUCAUCAUUUCGAGCUCAUCAAAUUAAUAGAUUGUACAUUGACACCGCACUCAUCACUGCAAGGUAAAGGUCCCGGGUUUGAAUUUAGCGACCCUGCAUUCGAACCCAACAUACUUACAAAUGGUCUUUCACAGACACUGUAAGGAUUGAUACCUCUGCUGUUGCGAACCCUUGUAAAAAAUGUACUAAACAAAUGUAUAAAAAAAACUAAUAAUAUAUU